UCUGAAACUAGAGUACAAUGAUGAACGCUAUGGUGAAACUCUUGCGCCAUCGGCGGUUGAAUGGCCUCGACUCUUCAAUGAGUCGUAUUCGUAAGAAAACCGUCAUCAUGUCAUGCUUCAAGAGGCACAGCUCGGCGCUGUACGUCUCUGGCAAAAUAGCCAACAAGGUCUUCGCGUUUCUCACGCCGUACUUUGACGUCGGCGAACGGUUCGCCAACAUAGAGAAACUGCAGGAGGAGAUAACACUGCGCGGUAUGGACGUCGACGUGGUCCAGCUGAGGGAUCUGUGGGAGUUUUACCGCAAGAUGCUCGCGGACAGACGUGCGUUGGAGGAUCGCCUGCGGGAAAUCUCAAAGAGCAAAAGUCAGUUGACGACAGGCGAACAGACUCACGAGUCGGAGGUGGAAUUUAACAGGUUAAGUAUGCAGCAACGAAUCAUCUACGAGGACUUCAAAUCGAUGAAGCAGGCCAUUUGGGACAUGGACGAUAAUGUCGUGCAGAGAGUUCUGAAGUUGCCGAACAAGCUGGACCCGCGAACGCCCACCGUGGAGCCGGUGGUGCUGAGGAACGUCGGUAACGCGCCCUCAUCCGAGACGGCAGACGACUGCAGGGAUCACAUUGAGAUCGGUGAGAAGCUCGGUCUCCUCAAGUACUACAACCCUAUGCUCUAUUAUCUGUGCAACAAAAUGGCCCUGUUUGAGCUCGGCGUUCUGGCACAUGCUAGUCGUGUCCUGACCGACGGCAACAACAUGGUCAAGGUGGUCGGCGCGGAUUUCGGCCGCAGUCUCGUAGUCGAGGGCUCCGGCUUGGACCACGAAGACCCGAUGACCGCUUUCUUCCUAGAGAAUCACGAAGAGGUCGAGAGGGGCUCGAUGAAUCGCAUGCAUUUGGUCGGCGGCGCUAGCAUUUUCACCUUCUUGACGUUGCACGCGAAGAAACUGAUCAAUCCCAAGGAUUUCCCGCUCAAGUACCUUGCCACAGGCAGGCAGUACGUGCCUUUGCCGGCCAACUCGCAGCCCUGUGGCCUCUUCACGGUGUGUCAAGCCUCCGCGGUCCAUGUAUUCGUCAACGUGAAGGAUGGGAAGAGUGAGGAGUACGGGACGCUCUUCGACGAACUCGUGGAGAGCGUGUGCCAGUUGUACGACGAUCUGUGCGAUCAUUACCGCGUAGUGAUGAAGUCCGCGCCGCAGCUGGAAACGUGGGAGAGCCUGCGCGUGUCGUUUGAGCUGUGGUCGCCGUUCGCGAAGCAGUACGUCGAGGUGGGCCACCUGUCCGCAUGCGGCGAUUAUUUCAGCAAGCGCCUGAUCACAAUCUAUCAAACGCCGACCGGCACUGACUUCCCCGCGACGAUAACCGGCACCGUUCUCUCGGUCCCGCGUCUGAUCGGCUGUCUGCUCGAGCAAAACCCGCAUGAAUUCGUGAUACCGCCAAAGGUGGCCGAAAUGACGCCCUCGGACGAUUGUAAAUAAAAUAAAUCCGAAAGCAUCCCCCCCUCCUGAAUUGUCGGGAUUUUGUAAUGUUUCGCGCAACAGUUGUAUUUUACAUCGAAUGUUACUUCUCCAAGUGAACGGAAAGUCUCGCGCCGUUGAACGUAAUAUAGUGAAACAAUUUAUUGAUAUCGCAAUUCUAUCAGUAGUUGUAAAGAUUUGUGGAUUCGAUAUCCUUAGAUAGAAAUAUAUUGGACAAAAAUUUGUUCCGUAUUUUUUUUUAUCGAUUCCUUAUUCAGAAAUCUCACGAAUGCUCAGCAUAACUCGCGGAAUUCGUUUACCUGCUAUGGCUCAAAAAUUACAGGGGUGCGAAGUUACAGAUACAGAUGAGCGGAGAAAACCAAGAUCGAAUUUUGGUUGUAUUUUGAACGGCGAUGGUCUCAGGUAAUUUUGCCAAUAGGGAAAGUUAUUGUUCUCGCUUAAGCACAAUCCAGCAUGAUUAGAGAAAAUUUGAAAAUGUUAAAUUUUUGUUUCACCCCCACCACUUUUUGCGACACAUCUGUGAUUGGUUUUUCGUACUCGACUAGCACAACUCAGCACUUGCGGAAUUCAGUUACCUAUUACGAUUCAAAAGUUGUGAGGGAAGGAUAUUGCAUCUGAAAUUGACCAUUUUUAUAUUUUCUUCUCUCUUAAACGAAAAGAGAUAAAAUUAUAAUCUUCGCGGCACAAUAUAUAGUAGUCAAGAUUCUAACCAAUAUAAGUUUUAUUUUUUAGAAGAAACAAAAGACUGAGCUGACAAAAAAAAUUGUUUUUUUCAUUCUCCGCUUUGUUCUUUGAGAUAAUCGAUUUCUUCUUGCGGCAUAAUGUAGCACAAACCUAGCACAACUCGGCACAGUUUCGUUUCUUCUUAAUUUACAAAAUGGCGGCGCUAACUUUACACACAUGAAUUUUUACGGUAUAUGUUCAAUAAAAAGAUAUACUCACAAAAUGAUAUUUAUGAUCGAUUCGGCACACUUACAAAAUUCUCCGAACAUUUUCUUUUUACUCGAACAAUAAAUACCUGUAAAAUUAACGUGACAAGAUCACGAGAAAAAAUAGGUUAAUUCGUAAAUGAGCGCGUGACUUUUUUAAGGAAUAAAACAACUGCUGUUUGUAGUUGAGAUGCUCGAGUAUUAUUGACGCUAUUUCGCUAAGAAAAAAAAUAGUAGUGGCAAAUUAUUGAAAACAUUAGUGUCACAAAGAUGAAACGAAGAAACAUUCGUUUAAUCUUACGUCUGUGGGUGAAUUUGACUCGUAUGCGCUCAUUUACGAAUUAAAAAGAAAAAUUGCAUACAACUUUAAGGUUAUUUAUUUAUAGAGCGAAAGGGAAAUAUUCCGAACAUCUUACUAAGGUGCUGAAUCGAUCACAAAUGUUAUUUUAUGGAUGUAUCUUUUUAUUUGAAUGUAUACUGCAAGAAUUUUCGGCAUGCUUCUGACGUCAUCAACAAGAUGACUGCAGCGAAAGACCAGGAUCUUUAAUCGAUUGAUUGAUCUUAAAAUAAACAAAUGUUACAUGUA